AGUACCUUGAGAAUCUAAGUACCUUAAGAAUCUAAGUACCUUAAAAACAUAAAAGAAGUCUCAGUACCAAUGAAGACUUCGUUAAUUUAAAAAGAGCCUAAUAAUCCAUUAAAUCCUCCCAAAGUAUAUAAUUAUCAGACAGUCAUAAUAGUUUCCGUUAAAAACACGCACCUCAGAAAUAUAGCAAACAGAAUAGAAUUUUAAAUGAAACUUAAAUUCUAAAUCGUAGCGAGUCAGCAAAAAUACGACUCCGCUAUCCAAGGGUUAAUGGAACCCAUCUGAAUCGCAAUUACAUAAAAAUAACUUCAUCGCAUUAAAAUUAUACAACUUUUUAGAAAUGUUAAAAGCUGCCUUUUAGAAGGUGGCUUAGCUGAAGCAAAAUGACAAUAAUUCGGCUAGUUUGAUUGUGUAUAGUAAUGUGACGUACGUAGAAGGUAAUUAUCGAUUCCAAUAGAUGCAUGUCGCAGCUAUUAAUUAGUAUGACGAACCUCCGUUUAAGUAGGGGUGGUCGUAGAAAGGCCCGGUUAUAAAAGAGAUCGGACGAAAGUUGGUCAACCAGUUCGGUGGUGGUUCAUCGAGAAGAACUGAUCGUGUUAGUGGUACAGGUACAUAGAAAAAGCGAACCAUGUCUGCAGCUGGACCGGAAAUAGUUGCCGGAUCGGUUGCUGCGGCUUCCGGAUUCUCGGCGACCACUGUCUUCCUAUCUCUUCUUAUUCCCGCUGUCGUUUUAUAUCUCAUCUACUUCAGAAUCUCUAGACGUCAUUUGAUCGAACUAGGAGAAAAAUUGCCCGGUCCUCCAGCGUUGCCCGUUAUUGGAAACGCUUUGGAUCUUCUGGGAAGCUCUGACACAAUUUUCCAAAACGUAUACAGAAGGUCUUUCGAAUACCAAGACGUUAUCAGGCUAUGGGUUGGACCUAAAUUGGUAGUAUUUUUGAUUGACCCACGCGACGUUGAAGUAAUUCUCUCCAGCCACGUAUACAUCGACAAAUCUGCAGAAUACAGGUUCUUCCAACCAUGGCUUGGAGAUGGUCUUCUCAUUUCUACUGGACCAAAAUGGCGUGCCCAUCGCAAACUGAUCGCCCCAACUUUCCACUUGAACGUCCUGAAGAGUUUCAUCGACCUGUUCAACGCUAACUCCCGCGCCGUAGUCGAGAAGAUGCGCAAAGAAGGAAACAAGGAAUUCGAUUGCCACCAUUACAUGUCCGAAUUGACCGUCGAGAUCCUGCUGGAAACGGCCAUGGGUGUCUCGAAGUCUACACAGGACCGCAGCGGAUUCGAAUACGCUAUGGCUGUAAUGAAAAUGUGCGACAUUCUUCAUCUCCGUCACACGAAGAUCUGGCUCAGGCCCGACUGGCUGUUCAACCUGACCAAGUACGGCAAGGAUCAGAUUAAACUGCUCGAAAUUAUUCAUGGACUCACCAAAAAAGUUAUCCAGCGUAAGAAGGAAGAAUACAAGAGCGGAAAGAGGAACAUCAUUGACACCAGCAACCAGAAGAGCGACGCCAAGACCACCUCCGUAGAAGGAGUUUCAUUCGGACAGUCCGCCGGACUCAAGGACGAUCUUGACGUGGAAGACGACGUCGGUGAGAAGAAGAGACAGGCCUUCCUCGACCUGCUGAUCGAAGCCGGUGAAAACGGUGUCGUGCUGACCGAUCGGGAAGUCAAGGAACAAGUAGACACCAUCAUGUUCGAGGGACACGACACAACCGCCUCUGGAUCCAGUUUCUUCUUGGCCAUGAUGGGCUGCCACCCAGAUAUCCAAGAGAAAGUGAUCCAAGAACUUGACGAGAUUUUCGGCGACAGCGACAGGCCAGCUACCUUCCAGGAUACUUUGCAAAUGAAGUAUCUUGAACGUUGCCUCCUGGAGACGCUUCGCAUGUAUCCACCUGUACCGAUCAUCGCUCGUGAAAUUAAGACGGACGUGAAAUUAGCAUCGGGCGACUACACCGUCCCCGCCGGAAGCACAGUGGUGGUAGCCACCUUCAAGCUGCACAGACAGCCCCACAUCUACCCGAACCCCGACACCUUCGACCCUGACAACUUCUUGCCAGAAAAGACCGCGAACCGUCAUUACUACGCUUUCGUGCCAUUCUCGGCUGGUCCCCGAUCGUGCGUGGGCCGCAAAUACGCCAUGCUCAAGUUGAAGAUCGUCCUGUCCACCAUCCUCAGAAACUUCCGUGUCAGAUCCGACAUCAAGGAGUCCGACUUCAGGCUGCAGGCUGAUAUCAUUCUGAAGAGAGCCGAGGGAUUCAAGGUCAGGCUCGAACCCAGGAAAGUCGUGGCAGCCACUGCUUAAAAGUACGAAAUUAUCACGGAGAAACGUUUAUUUAAAAGAAAAAAUUGGUGGGCCUCGCGCGGACGAUUUGAACGUCGCAUGCGCGGUGAACCUUUUACGAAUUAUAUAUUAUGAUUGUAUGUAAAUGUUGUGUAUAUUGUCGACGGUCAUAUAACGCGUAUAUAGUUGUAUUUUAUUUCCUACAUUAAUAUUUAUCUUGUGCAAUAAAUUAUACAACCAUUGUGUUGCGAAAUACAAA